AUGAGUAUGGAGGAUGAAUUAGACUUUCAGUCAUCUGCUUUGUUCAAUUCUAGUGUUGAACAAACAGAAAUUGAAACUUUUGCUUUACAAUCAUUUAGUCCUAGUUCAAAACCUCCAUUAAAAAUAAAAUUAUCAAAUGGAAAUACUUUGCGAAUACCAUAUAAAGAGAAGCUGAAUAAUGAAAUUUUCACUGACGAAAUAUACCAAGAUACAUAUAUUAAUAUGGAUCUACUAAUGAAGAAAGCGGAAUUACAUAACAAAGUCAAGGAGAAUGAUAAGAAAAUUAAUGCGAUGAAAUGUACCAAAAAUGAAGUAAAAUCUUCACAAAUUUGGACAGAAAGGUAUAGACCAAAGAACUUUGUACAAUUAUGUUCUGCUGGUAAUGAUAAACAAUAUAGAUCUAUUUCAUUAUGGUUGAAAAGAUGGUCACCAAUCGUAUUUGGAGAAGAGUUUGUUCAAUCUGAUCUUGUUGAUAAUUUAGGUAGACCACAUCAUAAAAUAUUAUUAGUUCAUGGUCCAACAGGUAUUGGUAAAACUUCGGCUGUUCAUAUCAUUGCUAAACAAUUGGGUUAUUCUAUUCAAGAACUAAAUGCAGCGAAUAGUUUAGAUGCAUUACCCCAAAAUGAUAAGUCAUCAACUUCAUCAGCAUUAAAAUUAAAAAUAAUUAAUGCAUUGACUUCAAAUGCAAUUAAUCUUAAAAAUAAAAAUAAACCAUCAUGUUUAAUAAUUGAUGAAAUAGAUUCAUUAGGAAAUUCAAAUGAAGUCGUUAAAACUUUAACUGAUUUAAUAUAUUCUGAUCAAAAAGCAUAUAGUAAAAAGAUGAGAAAAGAACAAGAUGAAAAAAAGAGCAAGAAACAUUUAUUAUUAAAUAGACCAAUAAUUUGUAUUGCCAACGAUAUUUAUAAUUAUAAUUCAGGAAAACUUGGUCCAAAUCCAAUGGAUAAAUUGAGACCAAUCAGUCAACAAAUUCAAUUUAAGAAACCAAUGACUUCAACUACAAUUUCAGGUGCAAAAUUAAGUGGUAAUGCUGUAAAAUCGGUAAAGGAUCAUUUGAUGUACAUCAAUAAAGAGGAAAAAUUAGGUUUAAGUUUUCAAGAUUUAGGAGAAAUUGUAGAUAUUUGUGAUGGAGAUAUUCGUGCUUGUAUUAAUCAUAUUCAAUUUCAUAGAAAAAGUAUCAAAACAAAUCUGAUAAUGGACGUUCAGUUAUCUUGGUUCACCAUGGUUGAUCAAUUAUUUAAAAGAGAUCCACAAUUAUCAAAAGAUGAAAAUUUUAUGAGAUUACUUGAUAAAUAUAUGAAUGGUGAUGGAAAAUCAGUAAGUGGUAAUUCAAACUCUUUCGAUAAGGUUAUUAAAGGUGCAUUUAAUAGAUAUUUAAAUACGGUUUAUUAUCAAGAUGAUUCUUUAAAAAAUCCAUGUGAACUAAGUGAUUGGCUACAUUACUAUGAUCAAUUCAGUGGUUUUAAUCAAAUGGAUUUAAGUCAAUAUUAUCCAAUUACAAGUUUAAAAAUUUGGUCAUUAUUUUCAGAAAUCAAUCCUAAUAAAACACAGAGUUUAAUUCCAAAUGUAAGAAACUUAGAAUAUGAAUCAAAUGAACUUUUGAAAACAAAUAAAACUAUUGCAAGACAUGCUGUACAGAAUCUACCUAUCAAUACUCAAAUAGCAUUAGGCAAUAAAGAUAUAUCAUGUGAGUUCCUACCUUACAUAUCCAAAAUGUUUCAACCAAGUAUAUCAUCAAAAGUAAAAUCAAAUUUGAAUGAUAUUGAGAAGAAGAAAAUUGAACAACUCACAAAAUUAGUCAAAGAUUUUAAUAUAUCAUUAGAACAUAGUAAAGAUUUUGAAACUGGUUUAAUUUCAUUAAAAAUAAAUCCAAAUUGGGACUCAAUAGUCAAUUUUGAAAAUCAUUUAGCACCAGUGUCAUUUACUUCAUUAUCUAAACAAAUUCAAUUCAACCGUCAGAUUGUAUUUCCACUAAUUACAGCAGAAUUGGAUAGGCUUGAAAUGAUUAGAAAAUCAGCAAAUGCUAAACGACCAAUUGAAGAUGAAGCUGAAGUUAAGGUCAAAAAAGUGAAAUUAAAUGGGAAUAGUAUUGAUUUUUUCAAAGGUCAAUAUCAAGAAGUACAAGAUCAAACAACCACGGAACAAAAUAAGACUGCUAGAAUCUGGGUUAAAUAUAAUGAAGGGUAUUUAAACGCUGUUAGAAAGAAUAUAGGAUGGAAUGAUAUAUGGUUAGCUUAA